CACUGCAGGAACCGAUGUGAAAACAGAACUCUCUGCAUGGAGAAACUUUCUCUGGUUCUCCCACAAAGACCACCAUACAUACCAAGGCAGUUUGGUCGAUGUGCUGUUAUUGGUAACUCAGGAGAUCUUCUGAAAACCAAAUUUGGCAAUGAAAUAGAUAGGUAUGAUGCAGUUGUCAGGGAGAAUGGAGCGCCUAUAGAGAACUUUACUGAAUAUGUGGGUGCAAAAAGUACAUUCCGCCUUCUAAACAGGGGCUCCGCUAAAGCUCUCGAUAAAGUUGCUGAGUUGUAUGAUAAGGGGAAGGAGGUCUUGAUCGUCAAAACUACAAUACAUGAUGUCAUGAGCAAAAUGAUAAGGGAAGUUCCAAUUCUCAAUCCAGUAUAUCUCAUGCUGGGUUCGUCCUUUGGUUCAGCUGCAAAAGGAACUGGGCUGAAAGCUCUUGAAUUUGCUCUCUCCAUGUGUGACACUGUUGAUAUGUAUGGUUUCACCGUCGAUCCAGGUUAUAAAGAAUGGACUCGUUAUUUCUCGGAGUCUAGACAAGGUCAUACCCCUCUACGCGGUAGGGCUUACUAUCAAAUGAUGGAAUGCCUUGGACUUAUCAAAAUCCAUUCUCCAAUGCGAGCGGAUCCAAAUCGUGUUGUGAAGUGGGUACCAAGCCACAGCUUAAUUGCUGCUGCCCGAAUUGCAUCGGAAAAAGUGUUAAGGUAAUCUUUAGUCCUUUUCC